AUUCGCCUGUCUUCAUGGCCACCACGACGUCCAGUACACCGAGUCAUUAUGCUGCCUCUGAUUUUCAACCUUUUGUGCCCCAAAUGAACAUGAACGUCGAGCAAUUACUAGGGGCAAUGUCUUACUCCAUGAAUAAAACGAAUGCGGCUGUCUCUCUUCUGCAGCGGGUUCUACCUCAAAAGCUGUCCACUGAAGAGCCUGACGAUCACGAUAUGGCAAAACUUCGAGAUCCCACAGGGGUCGAGGCUAUGAAAUUAAUCGAGUCAGUCUUUUAUUCAUUCCUGUUGUUGGCUUACUGUCUUCCGGCUUCAUUACGACCAACUCUGGUGCAGAGUGUUAUUGACCGUAUUAUAUAUCCUGAUCUCCGAGACCGUAUCAUUCUUCUUCGAGGGCAAUUUUCGUUAGCGGACUGUUUUUUUGAUUACCAGAAGGCAAUCAAACUUCAUGGAGAUGAUGUUCUUGCCCAGCAUAACUGGGAACUUGCCGAGUGGUGGUUACGGAAAUACAGUCACCUCGUCGAUAAGGUAACCUUGAAUGUCUGUAAUCGCUGGAGGCGCGAGCGCGGUGAACUCGAGUUAUUGCUAUCUGAUAUUGGUGCUCCAGAGGACUCUCCCCUGUCCUAA